AUGUCGUCCUCAGAGAAGGGCAGCAUCAAGGACUCCAAGAGUUCCACCAAGGACGUCAAGGAGCACGGCCCCGAGGUCGUUCGUUCUGUCGACUCGGAUGCCGCCUCCAACGGUGGUGGUGUUGAUCUCGCCUGGAAGUUCCUCGACCAACACAGAGACAAUGCCAAUGGCACCGGCGAGUACGUGGACCUCGCGGCCCUGCGAAGAAGAAUCGACUUCCGCAUCGUCCCCUUGAUGUUCUUGUGCUAUACCCUCCAGUUUCUGGACAAGGUCAUUCUCAAUUACGCCAACGUAAUGGGAUUGCAAAAAGACCUCAAUAUGGGAGGGAAUGACUUCAGUAACACAGCAACUUUUCUGUUUGUCGCUUUACUUUGCUUCGAGAUUCCCAACAGUAAGCAGCCCCUGCAGCACGACUUUACAGUUUGGUUCCUUCAAGCCGUUCCUGCCGCAAAAUGGCUCGGCCUCAAUGUGAUCCUCUGGGGUACCGCUACCGCCUGCGGUGCCGCGGCCACCAACUAUCAGACUCUCCUUGUCUCCCGCAUCUUCCUGGGUAUCUUCGAGGCAACGAUUGCACCAAGUUUGAUGAUUAUCAGCAGUAUGUGGUACACUAAAUCCGAGUCUGCGCCGCGCUUCUCCUUCUGGUAUCUUGGUCUGGGUCUCGGUCAGAUCAUCGGUGGUCUUGUGUCGUUUGGCUUCCAGCACAUGGGUCCCGACGCUCGUCUCUCUGGAUGGCGCACCAUGUUUUUGACUCUCGGUCUGCUCACCGUCGUCGUCGGCUCUUGCGUCAUCAUCUUUCUUCCUGACACCCCUAUGCAGGCUAAGUGGAUGUCUGACAAUGAGAAGGUUGCCCUGUUGAAGCACGUCAGUGUCAACCAGACUGGUGUUGAGAACCGCAAGUUCCGCGGAAAGGAGAUCUUGGAAGCCUUGACUGAUCCCCAGCUCUCCGUCUCCAGCGGUGUUGUCACCACUUACUCGGCCACUCUCAUCCGCAACCUUCCCGGCUAUGACUCCAAGAAGGCUGCCCUUAUGAACACACCUUCUGGUGUCGUGAGCAUCUUCUUCACCCUGCUGGUCGGAUGGGGCAUCCGUUUCCAGUCCCACCGCUGGGCCUGGAUUAUCGUCUGCAUUCUCCCAGCCAUAGUGGGGGGCGGACUCAUGAGUUUCUUACCCAAGGACAACACCAACGGUAUCCUGGCCGGUAUCUACCUCGUCAACGCCGUUGUGGCCCCCCUCGCCAUCUUCUACAACUGGACUGUCGCCAACAUUGCCGGUGCGACCAAGCGCGCCUUCGCUGCCGCCAUCAUCAGCGGGUCCUUCUCCCUCGGCAACAUCAUCGGCCCCCAGACCUUCCAGGCUCGUGAUGCCCCCGACUACCGCCCUGCCAAGCUCGCCGUCAUGGGUACCCAGGCCGGCUGCGCGCUCGUCACCUUUGUCCUCUUCCUUUACUAUGUCUGGCAAAACAAGAAGCGAAAUAACCGCGCCGACAACGAGAAUGAGGACGCCUUCAUGUCGCCCGAGGUGUGGACCCGGAUGACGGACAAGGAGAACAAGGGGUUCCGCUACUCUUACUAA